GGGUCGGUCACACAACUUGGCGGAGGCCAUGUAAUAGUAAUUACUAUCACCUUACAUAUACCAAGGUUGAUCUAUUUUCACGUAUUAUCUUCUAUCUUUCUGUCGAAUCUCCGCACGAAUUUGCAAGGAAACUACUCAUUUAACGCGAGCUCACUCAGUUUUGCUCUUUCCGAUGCACCCGUGGUGUGUGUAAAGUUUGGCUGUGGGACCAGAGCGCUUUAUUUUUCUGUCAUCCAAAGCGAGCUAAUUCGUUGGAAUAGGUAUAGAAGGAUUCAUCGACAAAAAUAAAACUUAUGUGGAGACUUGCAGUGAAAAGGAAAUAGAUGUUUUGGGAAAUGGGCGGUCUUGUGAAAGUUUUGAAGACAGUCAGCACAUUUUGCGCUUUAUUAUUGUUAACGCCUCCGAUCUAUGCAGCUAGCGUCCUGGUACAGAGCCUAACAAGCACCCAUGUCGUGCAUAGUCAUUCCUCCCAGGUCGUUUCGAGAACCACCGGGAAUGUAGUCGGAAACGCAACGCGACAAGAUGGGCAGGGAGGUGCCGUCGUUUCGGGAACGAGCGUACACACCCAUGAAGUAUCUGUAUCGAGAACGUCGGUUGGAACUAGCGGGAAUGUGGAGAUACAUACUUCGGGAACAACCGGGAAUGUCGAAAAUACUGUCAGCGCAUCAUUUCGCUAUGAAUUGAUUGAUUUAUCGGGAAUAAUACGAGGUGCUAGCAAACCCGGUCGGAAGUUUUACAGAGCCGUCGGAAGGAAAAUUUCACAUAUGGCUUUUCUUGAGAAGUACGGUUACCUCAUACCAAACGGAGUGAAACAUACCUGGAGAGCUGAAAGGAAUGCACUUACUACUUUCCAGAGGUUUGCCGGUAUCAACCAAACGGGUGAAAUGGAUGACACUACCCAGAUGAUCAUGGACUCUAGCAGAUGCGGGGUGGAAGACAUGCUAGGGUCAUCGCGCAUGGGCAGUAUGAAUAAACUUCAGACCAAUGGCACAAGCAAGUUCAUCCAGGUCAUCGAAAACGUCGUGAACGAAGCGGCGGGUGAUGUGGGCGAGAGUACUACUACCGAUCAUCAAGUCGGUGUGAAGAGGUGGAGCUCGUUUAGACAUCGAUCGCCGAGAUAUAGCAUCCAAGGUUCCGAAUGGAAAAAGGUAAACAUCACUUACCACUUCAAGAACUUCAGCCCUGAUCUCACUGAGGCCCAGAUCCGUGAUGCAGUGAGUCGAGCCUUCCAACUCUGGGCUGAUGUGACCACGCUGACCUUCAGAGAAACAUCGGAUCCCAAAGCCGCCGACAUCGUCAUCCGGUUCGCUACCGGAGUCCAUGGCGACGGCGCUUUUGCUGCUUUCGAUGGGCCAGGUGGUACUCUCGCGCACGCUUUCUUCCCUGAGAACGGCGAUCUCCAUUUCGACGAUGACGAGACAUUCAGCGUAGGUAGCGAACAGGAUACUGAUCUCUUCAUCGUAGCAGCUCAUGAGAUCGGACACAGCCUCGGGUUGGAGCACUCCAGUGACAUGGGGGCUUUGAUGUACCCCUGGUAUCUGGGAUACCAGCAUGAUUAUGCCCUCUCCCAGGAUGAUAUAGAUGGUAUUCAACAGAUCUAUGGCAAGCCCGCUCUGAAGCGCAAGGAGAUGGAAAUGGGUGCUGCCCCUACCAACCCCCCUAAUCCCAAUCUCCCUGAUGCUUGUAACUCAACGUGGGAUGCCGCUACUUACUACUCUGUAGACGAUGUAGUGUAUGCUUUCAAGGGACGAUACCUAUGGGCGAUCGGCGAUAAUAGGAUACUGCCUGGCUACCCAAAGAAAACUAGACUCGUAUUCAAAGGAGCGCCCUCUCUCGUUCAUGCCGUACUCUCCAUCGGCAAUCGACUCUACAUGUUUAGAGGUCGCAAGAUGUGGCGGUUCGUGGACAGGCAGCUCGACGAAGGAUUCCCGCGACGUGUUCCCGCGGGACUACCAUCGGGUCCCAACGCAGGUUUCCGAUGGGGCGGGAACGGUAAACUCUACCUCUUCAAAGGAUUCCGAUUCUACGAGUUUGAUGAGCAGACACUCAGUGUGGGUCCUCCCCAGACUAUCCGGCGACAGUGGCCUGAUGUACCCGUUAAAAUAGACGCGGCAUUUCAAUGGAAGAAUGGCCGGACGUAUUUCUUCAAGGGAGACGACUUUUGGCGGUACAACGAUUCCAAGAUGAAAUUGGCUGGCGGAUACCCGGUUUCUAAGGCCAAGUAUUGGUUAGGAUGUGACAACCAAUCAAUAGGGACUUUUAUAAUUGCACGUUGACAGCCUUGACUGCAACGUGUGACGUCAU